AUGUUCCGUCCGUGGUAUAUUAACGAUAGACUAUUUUGGUUCUCGUCGAAAUAUAAACAGCAAACUAAAUGUUUGAAAGUAUUACAUGGUUUCACAGAAAAAAUUAUUGCGGAAAGGAAACGAUAUCACGAAUCCACUGGUGGACGAUAUCUAAAUUUUGAAAAUGAGGCAGAAGAUAAUGAUACGAUAGGAAGCCGAAAGAAGCGCCUUGCCAUGUUGGAUCUCAUGAUAGCAGCGUCCAAUAAUAACCAAAUGAGCGAUUCGGACAUCAGAGAAGAAGUUGACACCUUCAUGUUCGAAGGUCACGAUACCGUAUCAAUGGCUCACUUCACUAUAUUACUAUUAACCGAACAUAAGGAUGUGCAGAUUGUACUUGAAAAGACCAGAAUCCUGGUUGAAACGUUGUAA